UAUCUGUGAGUUUUACUAUCAAAGAACGAGUUUUCUUUAUAAUAUCAUACAAACCCGUUACUUUUCAAUCACCCCUCGUCCUUUAUUUCUUUUUUUUUUUUUUAUUCUUAACGGAGAACAAAUAAUUUCUUUUUGAUGAAAUUUUCUGACCAAGUUGAUCGUUUCGAUUCUUUUUCUCUUUCUUUUUCGGUUUUUUUUUCUUUGCUCUUUUUGUUUUUUUUUCUUUUUUUUUUGUUAUUGCUGUUGAUCGUCAUCGAGAAAUACCGCGUGAGAUUAAUUAUUCGUGAGAACAGAAGGAGAAGGGAAAAGGGCAGAGAGAGAGAGAGAGAGAGAGAGAGAGAGAGAGAGAGGGAGGGAAAGAGAGAGAGAGAGGAAGACAAGAGGGUGAAAAAAGCGAUUAGGCACGUUGUGGCAGUGCUGGAUGAGAGAAUCGAUGAAGAGCGCUUUUAUAUCGCCAUUCGAGAAUCACAAGGAAAUUUUAGGAACACGAAGACGAUUCUAAACUUAUUAUUUGAAAGGAUGAAGCGUAAUCCGUUGGAAUGCUUUAUGUUCUUUCUUUUACUGAUAGUUUCGGAAGGAGGAUCAACUUCCGUCCGAGACAAUCUCUUCCACGAGAAUGAUCUAUCUAUUUCGUCGACAAACUCGAACAAGUCUCCACUUCCGAUUAUCCCGUCGAUCAAUUAUAUCGAAACACCGCAUUCUUGUCUUUACAUAUCACCUGAUUUACCACAUUGCCAUUUUAUAAGAAACGAAAACACCCAAAGAUUUUAUCGAUCGACCGACAAUUCCUUCGAAAGAAAAAGAACGAACGAGGAGUCACUUUUUCAAGGACACGUCACGGUUUAUUCCUUACAAGGUUGCUUACCCUCCAGAUUACCGUUCAAGAUGGCGUUGUGCGAGUCGAAAGAGAGCCUUGAGAGAGCUACGAAAAUAUGGAAAUUAUAUCCUUUUCAAGUCGACGAUCACGAUGAUAACGGGGAACAGAUAGGAUCGAUGUUCGUUUUUCCACGAUUCGAUAUAAGUCGAUGGUCGAAAUCGAUGAGAUUACUUCGUAACGAAAGGGAUCAAGAACAAAGAUCGAACAAUUCGGAAAGCUUUUUGAAGCCCACUCAAAAAUAUUUUCCAUCGUCGAUGAUCUCGUUCGAUCGUGAUAGAAACGAUCGAAUAAAAUCAUCCUCGAGUAUGGUCAAUCGAAAUAAUUUGACGAAUUCGAACGAAAGUAUAAAACGAAGAAGAAGAAGAAGACGAAGAAGGAGCGAUAGAUUGGAUCGUCGUGAGAUCAGACAAGGAAGCGAAUUUCCCUAUUCGAAAUCGAUCCCGUUCGAUCCAAAAAGAUUCGUUUUAAAUGAAAGAUCGAGUAAAUUUCUAAAAUCUAGUUCAUUCCUUUCGCGAAAAUCUAGGGAUAUGAAAAUGGAAAACAAAUUUCCUUAUUGAAAGGAGAUACUAUACUGAUUUUUAAAGAAAUUCGAAUAAGUCGAGCCAAUAUAUCUGAUUAUUAUCGUGUUCGAAAUAGUUACCUGAUUGUUAUUAAUUUUUAUCCAUAAUUAAUAUCGAUUUAUUUAAUAGAGAUAGGUAAGAGAAAAGAGAAGAAAUCACAAAUAAAAAAAAAGAUA